GGAUCUCCCCAGAUAACAUUAAAAGAAAAAGGCAUAAAAGAGAAUGGAGGUAGAAGGGAGGAGGAAGGAGGCAUAAAGCCCAACUGAGACGGAUGCUUCCUCCUGUAGGACUGGCGCCUUGGCAAUGUGAGGUGUGUGUUGGGAAGGCUCUGGGAGGUCUCUUAGACAUCCACGGGGGAGAUAGAUCCUGUACUGGUGCCCUGUGCAUCUCCAUUAGUUCAAAAUGGAUAAAUGCCUGAGAGCCGAGGCUACCUGGAGCAUUGUUGGGGGUAGGGUCUAGGAACUGGAACAUGAUGGCUAGAUCUUCUGACCACGCACCUGAAAUAACAACACUAACUUAAACAGUAUCAAUUUUCCAGAUUGCAUUUGUCUAAAGCUCACAAAUGCUGGAGUUGUGAGUAUUGCAUGCAAAUUUUAAUGACAGCAGCAACCCCAACUUGUCACUUCAACAAAAGAAACAUAAAAAUUUGAACUUAUU